CCAAACAUUAACAGUGUGGCGGUUUGUUGUUGAGCUUCCUGCAGCCCGGAGCUGAGACACGUCUACUGCUGCUGCUGCUGCUGCUACCUGUCCGUCUGCCUCGGAUCUCUGCGCACAAAACGACCAUGGAGAUUGGUUUUGCGGGUAAACGAGCUCUGGUCACCGGAGCUGGAAAAGGGAUUGGCAGGGCCACGGCUCUGGCUCUGGCACACUGCGGAGCGGAGGUCACGGCGGUGACGCGCACACAAGCUGACCUGGACACGCUAAUGCAGGAGUGUGCGUCCAUCACUCCAGUGUGCUUGGACCUGGCAGACUGGGGGGCCACGGAGGCAGCCCUGCAGGACAUCGGCCCCAUCGAUCUGCUGGUGAAUAACGCCGCCUUUGCCAGUCUGCAGCCAUUUCUGGAGGUCACACCCGAUCAGUUUGACCAGUCAUUCAAUGUGAAUGUGAAAGCAGUGCUGCACGUGUCACAGAUAGUGGCUCGUGGCAUGAAGGCCAGAGGAUCUGGAGGCUCCAUUGUCAACGUGUCCAGCCAGGCCUCACAGUGUGCCCUCAGAGACCAUGCUGUGUACUGUGCCACCAAGGGAGCCCUGGACAUGCUGACUAAAGUGAUGGCUCUAGAGCUCGGACCUCACCAGAUCCGUGUGAACAGCGUGAACCCCACAGUGGUGAUGACUGAGAUGGGUCGUCUGGGCUGGAGUCAGCCCGAAAAAGCCAAGACGAUGAUGGUGCGGAUCCCCCUGGGCCGCUUUGCAGAGGUGGAGGACGUAGUGAACAGUAUUUUAUUCCUGCUCAGUGAUAAGAGCAACAUGACUAAUGGUGUCACUCUGCCGGUGGACGGAGGCUUUCUGGCAUGCUGACCAGCAUGAGGACACUCCAACAGUUUAAGAGGAAAAACUACUUGUCUCGUUUGUAUUAUUUACUAAAUAAAAUGAAUCCGCGGCACAACCAA